GACAGAGCUGUCUGGAGAGCCGAGACUUGAAAUAGUUCUCUUUAUAAUUGUUUGGACUUCUUAUUCAUAUUUAAUAUUAAUAAUUCACCCGAAAUGGAUAUGAUGUCCGGGAUGCAGAAGAUGUCAGUGGGGCAGCCGCCAGCAGUAAGGGGUGCGGUGUGUCUGACAUGUAAAGGGAUCUGCUCUGGAUUCCAGCCACAUUCCUGGAGAAAAGCUUGUACUCAGUGUCACUGCAGCCGAGAAGACCACACCCCCAGCUCGGACCUUGAGGAUGACUAUAAAAUGGGUCGAUUGCUGGCGGACUCCAAAUACGGCCACCUGACUGCCAAAGUGAAAGGUGGAGACGGCCUGAGAGUCUACAAGCGCAACCGCAUGAUCAUCACCAACCCUGUUGUGUCUCGCAAAGACCCCACCUUCAACACAAUUACCUAUGACUGGGCUCCACCUGGCCUGACUCAGAAACUGGCCAUGCAAUACAUGGAGCUUCUCCCGGAGGAAAGGCGGCCUGUGGCGGGCACAGAGGGGGCACUGUACAGGCGCAGGCAGUUGAUGAGGCAGCUCCCUGCUUACGAUCAGGACCCGUCACAGUGCCACACCUUGUCCGAGGCUGAAGUCAAAGCCAUGGCUCAGUUUGUAAUAAGUUAUAAAGAGGAUGCGUUGGGAGUGGGCGAGGUAGCGCUGCCAGGAGAGGGAGGAAUGUCCAAAGACAACGGUGGAAAACAGAAGAAUGGAAAAGAACAGCCAAACACUGAGCCCACCACCAAUGGCACACUGGAAGAGAAAGGAAAGAAGAGUGAAUAUCACUGUAGUGGUUGUGGGAAGCUGGCUGCCCUGGACAGUCCGGUCGUGUACGCCGAGAGAGCCGGGUACGAGCGGGUCUGGCAUCCUACCUGCUUUGCGUGUGCAGAGUGUAACGAGGCGCUGGUUGAUCUGGUGUACUUCUGGAGCAAAGACACACUGCUAUGUGGCCGGCAUUACUGCCAGGGUCUGAAGCCGCGCUGUCCGGGCUGCGAUGAGCUGAUCUUCUCAGAGACAUGCCAUAAGGAGAAUGGCCAGGUCUGGCAUAAGGAGCAUUUCUGCUGCUGGCAGUGUGGUCAGACUCUUCGCGUACAGUGUAGCUGCAAUAAAAAAACCCAAAAGUGAACAUCAAACCCACCUGCUGAGCGCAAGCAGAAGCCAGUUUGGAGAUCUUUAUUGCCAUCCAGACUGUAUCGCUCUACUAUAUAUGCAUUUGUAAUAUUAAUCGAAUCGUGUCACACCGCUAAUUUAGACAGCGGUGGAAGUUCUAGCAAACAGUGUAGGUGUUUCAUUAGCCGACGCCGAGAGUAUAUCAUAAAAUUGUGUUUUUUUUACCCAAAUCUCCAAAACGGUUUUGUAUAUUACUGAGGAUUAGUAAAUAGAAAGACCGACGCCCGAGUGUUUAGAGAAAAACCAUACUGCACCAACUCUUCACGUCAUUGUAUAACGCAGUCAUGGGUGUGACUCGACGGAGAACGAGCGCUGAUGUAAUGAACAGAUUGGACCUUUAGGGCUGAAACUUGUUUGCAUCAUACAUCUGGUUUUUACACAGCACACAAGAUCGCAUAUGGAUGACUCACUGAUGAGCUGGGAGUUAGUCAGAAACGACCAGGAGUGUGAGCUCAAAGCAUUAAAGUGACACCAUUUUCCUUCACUGGGCUUUGUGACAGACUCAUCUGAAGAUUGAAUGUUCAGAUACAACAACAAACAAGAAACAGGAGGCAAGAGAUGUAGAAAACGAUUAUCGCUAUCUGGUUUUAAAGAAGUGAUGAAGAGGCAGAGGUUCUGGAUGCAGUGAAAGGCUCCAGCUUCUUCUCCGCCAGCUGAGCUGUCUGGAGUUUCACAAGCAGACGUUCACCGGUGUUGUCAGAGAUAAAACAGAUCCUGCCUUGUAUAAGCAUUUGGGUAAGAGUUCAUGCGGUGAACGUGGUCUAUGCUUGAGGGCGUUUCAUACGAGGGUGUUGGUAAAUAGUUCAUAACCCUGACACUCAAGGUCCUGAGCUAGGAGAGUUUUUUUUAAAUAAACGAAUAUUUGAGUAGAAUGAGUGGAACAUUAUGUUCCAGGUUUGUGGAACCUGUUCACCUUGUAGCUUCAGAUACAUGUAUAUGUGUGACAGAUGUGGAGCCCUUUGUGGUCUCAUGAUAGAACAUCUGCCUUAAUAUCUGAUGUGUGGUGUGAGAUGCUUUUCUGCUCGGUCAUAGUACAAUUUUAAGGAGAUCUUCAGUUUCUGAAAUUUUCAAACCAGACCAUUUGGAACCAACGAAGAUACCAUGAUCAACGUUUGGGCAGCUUUAAGUACAUCAUCAAGUAUAUAGUGUAUGUAGUACUUUAGGACACCUAAUACAAAAUAUUUGAACAAAUAUAAAUGUUUUUCUUUAAAAUGUACAAUAUAAAACUCAUCACCAUCUCCAGCUUUCCUCAACACCAGCCACAAACAGCCGUCCUGGACUGGAAUUGCGCCCAAGCCUGAGCGGUUUGGAAUUCUGGCACUAAUGCAACCUAAUAUCAUUUAGUCAUUGUGUUAAAUGUUUAUACAGAUGUUUCAGUUAAGCUUUAGAGAGAAAAUAAAUGCCUUAGAUGUGAAAACGUGCCAGUUCCUGUAAAUGUGCUUAUUUUAUUAUGAAUAUUAAGUUUGGUAUCGUUUAAGAUUAAUGCGUUUGGAGACAGAAUCAAAGUGUAGACGUGAAGCGGCGACGUCGCACGAUUAUUUUUCUUUCACAGCGAGCUAAUGCGCGGCCCCUGAGGGCACCUCCAAACAGAAGAUCUGUGAAAAAGGAGAGGUUUAGAUAUCAAAGAGUGUUUGUGUUUGUAUUUAUUAAUGAUGUGAAAAUCAGAAACUCGCGUUCACCUUUCGGGUUAAUGUCUUCUGGUCGGAUUUCGUAGAAGAAAAAAAAAUAGAAAAACGAUGUGUAUUUUAUUAUAAAGAGGAUGUGUACUGUAUAAGUGACUGCAGGGUAGUAAAAAAGGUACAAAAUGAUCUUUCGAACUGGAAUGUUCACAUUGUAAAGUAUAGAUGCAGGAUGAGAUGUUUCAGGCAUAUCAUACAGGUGGGAGAAUAACAUUAUCAAAUGAUUUUAUCACCAGAGGAAAGGGGAGUAGUUGCAUAUUUGUGAGAACAUUGGUAUCAUAAACCGGUGAUGAGUUAUUCUAUUACGCUGAUGUGCUUCCUUUGAAUAAAUCAACUGGAAGGCUGACCUUGGAGUGGAAAACAGAUAAAGUACACAAACCAAAGUUCUGCUUUUGUCUGUAAGCAAUUAUAUAUAAAAUGUUAGUUUUGAUAUCUGAUAUGAAACUUUUUAAAGAUCUGAUGACCGACGCAGUGAUUUGUGUUGUUUGUUUUAAAACGGCAUUAUAUGAUGCUAAGACUUUAUGAAACUGAUUUCUUUUUUCUUUUCUUUGAGAACUUUUUUUGUUUUCUUUAUCAUAUCUGUUGAGUGCUAAAAUUUGCUUCUGAUUGGGGGAAUAUGAUGAAUUUGUUUCAGAAUAUGAUGAUUUGAGGAUAUAAAAGACACAAAAAGGCAUAAAAAAUGAUUCAAGAAUAUUUUGUCAUAUUCAAAAACAGAAAAUGUCAAUUUUCGACUGGUAUAAUUUUGUUUUCACUGUUGAUCUGUAAAUUUAUACUAUUUGAAUAUUUAUUUGCAAUGAAUUUUAUAUAUAAAUAAAAAUUUGAGUUUGUUGUAUGCAAACGUUUGCACUCGACAGAUUAUAAAAUGACCUGAUUGCUGCCUUCAUAUUUAAAUGUAUUUCCUUGAUCUAUGAAUAAAUA